AGGGAAACAACUUCCUCUGACAUAGGGGAGACCAGACCCUAGCAUCAGUCCCGUACCUAAAACGCACACGCCCCUGCCCCCCUCCCCCCGUUGCUCCUCCAACCUCGAAGUCUACAGGAGCGUCAGACCGAUAGGCCUGGUCUAUGGCACGCGACUGAUGUGAGAUUUCGCUGCCAUACAUUUUGGAACGGGCCACAGAGCUGAUUCGAUCCUUGGAUUAUUCUUCUUCGUUAUUAGGAGCCAUCUGGUCUGAACAACAGGAGGGUCACACUCCAGUCAUGCAGAAGGUGGAGGGAGGGGUAGCCCCUAUUAGCCUGUCCUCAUCGAGGGGUCCUAGUGCCCCUGGCUCACCUGCCACCAGUAUCACAGCGCGUGUGAAUGACCAGGUGGUGGGCUACAGAGACCUGGCGGCUCUGCCCAGGGACAAAGCCAUCCUGGAGGUGGAGAGGCCUGACCUCAUGACCUACCAGCCUCACCUCAGCUUCUCGUCGCUGGACCAGCCACGCAGGGAGAGGUCGGUCUCACCCCCCCCAGCCUCUCCUCCUCCUUCGGGCUCUCCGCCUCCCUCACCUGCGUUGAAGGGGUGCAGGGAGGACACAGAGUCACCAGGGGGCUCCACACUGCAGCUGCACAACAAGAAAACUGGCGGCUCUCUAAUGCACUUCCACAGACCAGACAAUGGUACCAACAUCUACAAGAAACCCCCCAUCUACCAACAAGACGUCGGUAAGCAUGUGGAGGGCAGCAUCAUCCAGUCCUCCAAGUUCCCAGCCGCCCAGAGACCCGACCCCAACCUGCCGUCCAAGAUAGAGACAGAGUACUGGCCCUGUCCUCCCUCACUGGCUACCAUGGAGAUUGAGAGGAGCAAGAAGCGAGAGGAGGAGGACGAGUUCGAGGACCUGACGGAGGACGCCAAGACUCUGCAGGAGCAGGAGCUCGUCAAGAUCAAGUCGAACUUGGGCCGGCUGAUCCUGAAGGAGGAGAAGGAGGAAAAGGAGAAAGCCGUCCAAUUCCGCAGGAAGACACAGUCGCUUCCUGACAGGACACACAUGCAUGCUAGCUCCUCUGUCAUUGCAUCAAAGUCCACCUCCCGUUCAGGCCUAACCAGGAUGCAGUCGGCAGAGUUCUCACCAGACCUUGGAAGGACAGGUAGGACCAAUGGCGAGGCACGGAGGGAACGUCUGGACAGAGGAAACUCCCUGCCGAGCAUCCUGGAGCAGAAGGUGUGCCCGUAUGAGGCGCUCAUUGUCACCCACAGAGGGCGCUGUAAGCUGCCACCAGGCGUUGAUCGCACCAGACUAGAGAGGCACCUGGCUCCUGAGGAGUUCGAACGACUGUUUGGAAUGCCAAUCACUGAGUUCGACCGCCUGUCACUAUGGAAACGAAACGAACUGAAGAAGAAAGUUUCACUUUUCUAACAGGAAGUGAUCUUAUCCCUCGAACGCCGUUAACCACUGCGCUGCCUGAAGAAGUCUAUUCCAGAACUACCAACCUUCCAAACUGAAACACUGGAAGACUAAGAACUGCCAUAUACUCCGUAAUAGUCUGUCGUAUCAUAAACCAAUCAUAUUUCCCUUAGUCUACCCUGUCCAAGCCUGUUGUGUCCAUUGACCUUGCUAGAAGUCCCAGUACUGUAUAAACAAGCCUGUCUCCAAACUAACUUUUCACCCAGGACUCUACUAACCCUGACUGAUGCCACUAUGGACUGACAUCUCCUUGGACACACACACAUGCACUAAUUCACUCAGCUAUGAACACACACGCACACACAGCUGUUUCGGACAUGCCUAGACACCACUGCUUCCUUAAAAGCUGGACAUUUUUAUUUAAUUCUCAUGAUCGUGAACCAUUGAACGUUUUUAAACACACAUCCCUGUUUCAGUGAUAUCAGGGCCUCCAGACUGUCAUGUAUUAAUGUUACUUGAAUGAUAGCUAAUCAUGGUUAACAUCGUCUCGUGUAUUAAUAUCUUUCACUUGAAUGGCAGUUACCUAACUAUGUACAUUUAUUUAUUGUGUGAGAUGUUAUUUGAUGUUGAGUUAACUGGUGGAAACUGGUGCUUAACUGGAGGAAAUAUUUAUUUGUAAAUGAUUGUAUUUCUUAGUCCCACACACUGUUCGCUAAGAGGUUUUUACUGCAACUAACACAUUUAUAAUGACUAACAUCCAACCCUGCAUUAUAACUUGUCUCCUGUUAGUUGCCCUAGGCACUCCUACACAGUAGUGAAUAGCACUGAUCACAUUUUGAACUGAGAGGAUCAGAGAUGAGUGAGGCUGCGUAGGCAACAUAACUGCACUCUGGCCAUCCACAAUGUAGGCUUCCUAAUCCUUGCAGUGUCCCGUUUCUGUCACUCAUCACACCAUUUCAGCACUCACCAUCACUCAUCUGGCAUUGCACACACCCCAUAGUUCUGCUGUCUCGUUUGUCUGCACAUCUCACUCAGUUAUUUCAAUGAUACGCUGUAUUUGGGAAAUACAUUAAAGGAAUGAAUAACA